AUGGCUUCGUCCCCGACCUGUACCAGUUUUCGAGUCGAAUAUGCCGGACUCUUUACUGCUUGCCUUGAUCCCAUAGUUCGAGUCCCGUCGAGUCUGAUGCUCAAACGGAGUACGAACCCGCCCGAUCAAGGAGACUCGGUUGGUGGCCUCGGUGGCGCGACAAACAGCCAAACCGGUCCAAAAAAACCUUCAGCCGACUCUUCGGCCAGACGGGCGUACAUCCGAGCCCACUGUAGAGUCCACGUCUUACAGUGGUCGUCGGAUCGAUAG